AUGGAGUCCAAAGAAGACGACCCAACGCUUGUCAAGCUCGAAUCAGCAUGUUCCGAUCUCAAAAACAUCCUUCAAACCUCAGUUAACAUGGAGGAAAGUCUAGGAAAGAUGGACAAAAAGUUUGAUGAUCUGCAAGAAACUCUAACAAGGACCUCAAGAAGAGUAGCUCCAUUGCAGUCCUUGUCCAUUGCAGCCAAAGCACUCGAUACAAGAAUCAACCGAGCUGUUUCUCCAGCUCUUGCCCUCCUCGAUAGUUUCAAGCUCUCAGAGUCCCUCCAGCGUAAACUUCUCGAUCUUUCUUCUAAAUUAUCCGACGAGAAGUCGCCGGAGAAGAGUCUCAAGAAGCUGAUCAAGUAUGUCGACUGCGUCGACAAACUCAACGACGCCGUUAAUUCCAUCAGUCAGGAGUGUGAGCCGGCGAUUCAGAAGCUGCAAGAGGUGGUGGAGUUUUUGAGUAGGACUAAGGCGACGGAUCAGUACAGGACUUAUCGAUUGAGAGAGACUUUGAUGACUCUCAAAGCUCUUUAUGAGACGGAGGUCGAUGCCAUGAGGUUUGAUGGAUUGCUUGAUGAGGCUUUGCUGUAUUUGCAAUAUGAGUAUGAGAUUUUAUUGCAGCAGUUGAGGCAUCGGAACAUAGUGGAGGCGCAAGGUGGUGAUGAGGCGGAGAUGGUUGUUUCCGAUUUAGGUAGUGAGCUGGAGGUAGAGGUUCUUAGGCGAAUUUCAGAGACUCUUGCGGCCAAUGAUUGUCUCGACAUAUGUAUCGACAUUUUUGUCAAGGUAAGGUAUAGAAGAGCUGCAAAAGCAUUAAUGAGAUUAAACCCUGAUUAUCUCAGAACUUACAACCCUGAAGAAAUUGAUGAGAUGGAGUGGGAGAGCUUAGAGACAGCAAUAACUCUCUGGAUUCAACACUUCGAGUUGGCAGUGAAAACAGUUUUUGUAUCAGAGAAGAACCUUUGUAAUCAAGUGUUGGGAAACCUCAUGGAUGGGGUGGUAUGGCCAGAAUGCUUUGUCAAGAUUGCAGACAAGAUCAUGGCAGUAUUUUUUCGAUUUGGCGAAGGUGUUGCAAGAAGCAGUAAAGAACCCCAGAAGCUGUUCAAGCUUUUGGACAUGUUUGAUUCUUUAGAAAAACUCAAACCUGAGUUCAAUGAGAUAUUUGAAGGUGAAGCUGGAGUUGAUAUCUGUUCCCGGGGCCGAGAACUCGAAAAGCUCCUUGUCCAUGCUUCCACCAAAGUGUAUUGGGAGUUUGGCCUCCAAAUUGAAAGCAACCAAGAAGGUCUUCCUCCACCAGAAGACGGUUCAGUACCAAAGCUUGUUCGAUAUGCUACUAACUAUCUCAAAUACCUUGCAACUGAUACUUAUAGCGUACCAAUGGCCAAAGUUUUGAGGACAGAACAAGUAUGGAAAUCAGGCAUACUCUCAAAGCCAGAAACUGAUGAGAAUUUACUUAAAGACGCCAUUUCUGAUGUUAUGGAAGCACUCCAGAGGGACAUUGAGGCCAAAAAGACGCGCUACAAGAACAAAGUACUUGCCCAUGUAUUCACAAUGAAUACAUAUUGGUACAUUUACAUGAGGACUAAGAAUUCAGAACUUGGGAAGCUCUUGGGAGAGCAAUACAUGAAAAAGAAGUACAAGGUUGUUGCUGAAGAAUCGGCCUAUUUGUAUCAGAAACAAGCUUGGGGGCCUUUGGUGAAACUGCUUGAUAAUGAAGACUUGAAAAGAGCUAACAAAGAAGGAAUUGGUGCUCUGGUUAGAGGCAAAAUGGAGGCUUUCAUGAAGGGUUUUGAAGAGAUUUCACAGAAGCAUAGAAGCUCUUAUAGCAUACCUGAUGCUGAUUUGAGAGAGCAGAUAAGAGAGGCCACUGUUCAGUUUGUUGUGCCCGCUUAUACUGAGUUCUUGAACACACACUCCUCUGUUUUACAGGUGAAGUCCUGUCCAUCUCCUGAAUCAAUUCAAGGAUUAUUGAGUAAGAUUUUUCAGAAUGGUGAUCGAGUAGGCAAUGGGAAGACACUUAGGCGGCGUGAUUCAAGAGAUGGUACAGAAGUGAGGAGAUCGGGAUCAGUUGAGCAGUCUCGUGGCAGCAGAGAUUUUCGACGGUCCCAAUCAAAUACCAGUGAGUGUCUAGGAGUACUGUUGAUCGGUAGAGGCGGCUACUGCCCGCCUCCAUGGCCGCAUUUGAAGCAGCUCUUGUGGUAUUCAGUUCCAUUCACUGAGACCUUUUAA